CAACCCAGAAAAAAAAAAGAAAAAGGAGAGGAAAAGAAAGCGCUCGCUCGCUCUUUCUCUAGAAUAAUAGAAUACCUGAUCGUAACAAAAUAACAUCCUUCCGACAAAAUCCAGCAGGGACUUGACAUACCAAAAAGGCAAGGCGAGGAGAACGUGCCAGGGCGCGAGGAAGGCAAGCCAAAGCCGCGAUCGCUGCCAGGGCAGGAGAGCAGCAUGUCAAGCACCGGGGCACACACGGAUGAGCGCUGCCGGCAGCCCGCCUUCCUCCCCGGCCCGCCGCCGCCGCAAGAAGUUGAGAGCAGCAGCGGCAGUGCCCAGGUGCAGAGGAUGUGCGCGGCCAGGCGGAUGCUGCUGCUGCUCCUGGCUUUCCUGGCCUACGCAAUGGACUCGGCCGCCGCCUACGGCACGGCGGAGACCCUGUGCGGCGGGGAGCUGGUGGACACGCUGCAGUUCGUCUGCGGGGACAGGGGCUUCUACUUCAGUAGACCGGUGGGACGAAAUAACCGGCGGUUCAACCGGGGGAUCGUGGAGGAGUGCUGCUUUCGGAGCUGUGACCUGGCUCUGCUGGAGACGUACUGCGCCAAAUCCGUCAAGUCGGAGCGUGACCUCUCUGCCACCUCCCUGGCGGGCCUGCCAGCACUCAGCAAGGAGAGCUUCCAGAAGCCCUCGCACGGCAAGUACUCCAAGUACGACGUGUGGCAGAAGAAGAGCUCCCAGCGGCGGCAGCGGGACGCGCCCAACAUCCUGCGGGCUCGCCGGUACCGGUGGCAGGUGGAGGGGCUGCAGGCGGCCGAGGAAGCCAAGGCGCUGCACCGUCCCCUCAUCUCCCUGCCCAGCCAGAGGCCCCCAGCGGCGCGAGCCUCCCCGGAAACGGCUGGCCCCCAGAAAUGAACCCUGACCAGCUGUCUCGAUUUUUGAUCUCCUGGGGGAGGGCGGGAGGACUGGCGAUUCCCGACCCCCGAGCCCCUCCGUCCCCAGGGCCGCUGAGCCGAGGAGCAGGGCGGCGGGGCACCCUCACGCCGCUCCGGCCCCAACCAAACAACUGACACAGCAAGGAGGGGAUGGCGGUGGCGAGUAGCACCGCUCCCACGGCAUCUUCCUUUUGGGGUGGGGGGGAGGGUUGUUUCAUUUCCCACACCUGUUUCGUUUCCCCGCGCCCCCGGUAUUUCCAAACCUGUACUUGCGAAGGGACAGUCUGGCACUUGAACUUUUUGCUGCUGGGUGCUGCGUGACAUCCCCAGUGCCAAUGCCAGAAGACAAAAGAAAGAGCAAGAGGAAAAAAGGAUAUGAAGUUAAAUCCUUUUUUUAAUCUUUUUUUUUUCUCGAGAAGCGUCCAUUCCGUGUCUUUCUUGACAAUAAAGUG